AUGAAGCAGGAGGAGAUAAUGGAUGCUAGCAGAGGAGAUAAUGCAGAAGAUGCAGGAGGAGGGAGAAUGCAUGAAGAGGACGAUGCAGCGCGCACACCAAGCAACAAUUCUGCGUACCCAAACAUCAUGGAAACAUGCCAAAUUGCAGGUGCACGGGCAAUCAGCGCAAACAAAAGCUUGCCCAGUGGUGGAAUAAAUGCACCUAGUGCUGGACCAAAUGCAAGCACAGGAGCUGGGAGCCUUGGAGAGCAGACAAUAAGCGAACCUGCAACUCCAGAAUCUGCUGGGAUCGACGCUGAUAUGGAAGGCAGCAACAUGGAGGCAUAUUCCACACCUAAGCCAUAUUUACAAGGGACAAAAUUUGACACUCUGGAGAGCGCACGUGACCACUACAACAUCUAUGCGCGCAGGACUGGCUUUGCAAUUAUGCAGCAAUUCAAGAAAGAGAGGGUUGAUGGAACUAUAAGCAGGGUGCUCCUAGUUUGUACAAAAUAUGGCAAACGACGCAGGGACAGGGAUGAGCUGCAAGAUGUGGAAAACCCAGCCAGCAUUGUCAAGAAGAGGAAAAAAAAGAAAGUUGUUAGGACUGAAUGUGAAGCGCACAUGUACCUAUCCCAUGAUGAUGCAUGGUGGACUGUUGGCCAGCACCGCCACGCGGAUGUUGGGAGCACAAUUGCGUACUUCCAAGAGAUCAGGACCAAAGAUUCAUAUUUCUAUUGGAGAAUCAAGCUUGAUGAUGAGGACAGGGUUGAGAACUUGUUCUGGAUUGAUGGUGCAUCACGCAGGGCAUAUGCAAAGUAUAAUGAUUGUUUGUCGUUCGACACGACAUACAUGACAAACAUGUACAACAUGUCGUGUGCACCAUUCAUUGGAAUUAAUAACCAUGGUCAAUCCAUCCAGUUUGGGUGUGGCUUCAUUCGAAACGAACUAAAGGAGAACUUUGUGUGGCUGUUUAACACAUUCCUCCAUGCAAUGGGUGGUGUUGCCCCAAAAAACAUCAUCACAGACCAGGACUUUGCAAUGAGGAGUGUGAUCGACGAGGUCUUCUUGAACAUAAUACACAGAAAUUGCCGCAGGCAUAUAAUGAAGAAGGCGCAGGAGAAACUUGGAAAGCUUAUGGCUGAUGAUAAACCACUAAACAAAGCGUUCAAAGACUGUGUCGACAACAGCUUGACUGAGGAAGAGUUUGAAAACAAAUGGUGGGCAAUGAUGGAUGAAUAUGGCCAGAUCGACAACGAAUAUUUUCACUGGCUGUGGGAAAAUAGGAAAUGUUGGGCCCUAGUGUACUAUAGGAAGCAUUUAUUUCCAUUCUUGCAGACAACUGCAAGGAGUGAGGGAUUCAAUGCUAUGCUCAAGAAGUACGUGAACCCCAACAACUCAUUGAUUGAAUUUGCAACUCAAUACACUGCAAUCUAG